AUGCCGUCUGCUAUGGCACACUUCGCACGAAUUGCAAUCCUGCGACGUCGGUGUUUUGGACCUCCGGAGGCCGCGUACAGUAAGGAAGUAAAACAUCAGCAUGAGGGCGGCGCCGAAACUAUUGGGAAGCAGCAGUUUACGCUCUUAUACAGCCGUGCACGUCAAGCUGCAUUUUCGGCACGCAAAAUCCGUGCUGGCUGGUGGAAGGCCGGCGUCUUCCCUUUCAAUUUUAAGAGGGUCCUGCAAGAUAUGCCGAAGCAGGUAGCGGAGACCGAGACUGCCCUAGGCGUACUUAACGUAGAAGCGGACGCGGAUACCAGUGCACAUUCCUUGCGUACACCCACUCCGGCGACGAGUCUGUACGCAUUGCGGCGCCAGCUUGAAGGUCGUGUGGACAGCCUCGACAAGGAUUCGAAAAAUGCAUUCAAAA